UCUUCGGCAGUUAAGUACGAGUAAAAGGACGCGCGACACGCGACACGCGAUUCUCGAUUCUCGAUUCGCGAUCCGCGCGAUUCCCGUCCGUCGUCGUGUUUGCCUUUUCCAUGUUUUGUCUGCUGGUUACGCUUACGCUUCUUCUUAAGGCGACAGCAGCAGCGACGACUACGGCAGUCGUCUUUUAAUAAGCAAAGUACCUAUACUUCAAAGGUACCAUCCGAAGUGUUUUCAUUUCCUUUCUCCGCCGCUGUUUGGCUCAAAAAUUCAUAAAAAUCGUCGUUUCGUAUACGUAUAAGUUCAAAAGCUCAAAGUGCAAAGUGCGCCAGAAAUGCCACCAAAAUCACCGCAGCUCCAGCUCCAGCCAAAUCUUCGUAUUCGCGUCCAUCAGUCGGCCAAAAACCUGCAGCAAAUUUGAGCAGCUCGCACUCGGCCGAACGUGUUGCGGAUCAUUGCCAUUACCUCCAUCAGCCUCGGCGGAUACCUGAUCGAGUAGAUAUGUUCAUAAAGCGAAGACGUCGACUAUGGCAAUCCGAGCACGGUAUAUGUCCUGCGAAAAAAUCACGCAUCUUGUCUCCACUUUACUACAUUCGCGAUGAAAAAUGGAGAUGGAAACUCGAAUAUUAUCGUCCGCAUCAGCGAAUAGACUUGCCCACGUAAAAGUACAAUAAUUUAUCGCGGGAAAAACAAAAUUCAUAAUAAUUUUAAAAGAGAAAAAAUUAGUUCAAUUUAUCCACAAUUUUUCUACUAUACUCGUACAAGCUAGUCGACCCUCGUGUAUUGUAUUUAUUUAUUUUGUUUUUUAUUCUCCCUCCCCACCCUCCCCGUCCCCAUCCCUUCCGCAGAUCGUUCGCGAUCGUCGUCUUAUAGUGUGUGUAUAUAUUUUUUCGAGAAUCGUGUCCGUCCCCCCCCCGCUCCUACACACAUCCCUAAAUUCUUUUUGUUUACCAUUUUACGUAUAUCUAUUUUUGUUUGAAAAUUCGAUACUCGUAUACGUACCUAUCGAAAUCGAAGCAUCGAAAAUGCCUACCUCGUGUAUCAGUUUGAGGAAGCUUUGAGAAAGAAAACAGCUCUAAAAAGGCAUAUCUCAUUCUGGGUACAGUCAUCCUCGAGGCAUCUGUAAAACGUCUCCGGUCAAACUGGAGCACUCCAGUUUCGGAUUGUUUGCCUUGAGGCCAGCUAUGGACCUCAGCACGGCUGCUUAUCGAUACAAUCAAAAUAUGAUGGAAUAUUAUACGUGUCACGGAGGUGUCAAUCAACUAGGCGGAGUAUUCGUUAACGGACGUCCACUUCCAGAUGUGGUUCGACAAAGGAUAGUGGAAUUAGCUCAUAACGGAGUAAGACCGUGCGAUAUUUCAAGACAACUAAGGGUAUCACAUGGCUGUGUGUCAAAAAUACUAUCCAGGUAUUACGAAACUGGCAGUUUUAAAGCCGGCGUAAUCGGCGGUAGUAAACCAAAAGUCGCGACCGCACCGGUCGUCGACGCCAUAGCGAGUUACAAACGAGAAAAUCCGACCAUGUUUGCUUGGGAAAUCCGCGACAGAUUGUUGGCCGAAGGCAUCUGCUCUCAAGACAACGUACCUAGCGUAUCUUCCAUCAAUAGGAUUGUUCGAAAUAAAGCUGCCGAAAAAGCUAAACACGUUCACCAGCAACAGCAAUCUCAAAACAACAACAACAGUAACAACAGCAAUGGCACCGGGGGCCAUGGAGCAGUGAUUCAACCAGCCUCUAGUACUCCGAGUCAUUUACCAAAUGCUCAGCAUACGAACCAGCAGCAGCCGAGUCCGGUUUCCGUGAUAACCCACGUAUCCUCGAGUCAGCACGACAGAUACAGUAUAAAUGGCAUCUUGGGAAUACCGCAGAGCGAUCCGAAUGGCAGUAAAAGAAAACGUGACUUGGAUCAUCAUCACAACCAUCAUCAUCAUCACCAUCACCACCAUCAUGAUCAUCAGUUCCCUCAUUCAGAUGAGAAUCGAGAUCUAAAUGGUCAAAGUUUGGACGAAGAUGUGAAACGAAUAAGGCAUCCUCACUAUAACGGAGAUCAACUUUACGCUAAUGUAUCGCUAUGGCCUAGCAAAUGGUGCAUCAAAGACGAACACAAACUAUUCUCGGAACUGGGUCCGAACGUAGUGGGUGGCUCAGCUCCUCCGUACUUCGACACUCAGAGCGGCGGUUUCAUCGCUCAUUCAGCUCCAACGCCUCCGGAUCUGUACGACACGAUAUCGCAAACUCCGCAUAGUACGACGUCGAAUGCAACCGGUCCUAUAGGCACGACUUCGGUUACAGCCGUUUCCUCUCUGGGAGCAGCUCCUUUGACUGCGAUUACGAUGCAAGAAAUUCAUAAGUUGAGUCCGGCUACGGAUUUGGAAUCGUCGCAACUUUCGCCCAAUAAUCAUUCUCAUUAUAAUAAUGAGAAUGGAGGCGGUGUAACUUUCAAUGGAGAAAAUGGUACCGGACAAUCGCCGGGAUUGCCGUUAUCUCUGUCCACCGAUCCAACGACUCCGUCCGGCCAAGCCGGAUCAACGGAUACCUCCAGUUUAACGGUGCUGCAGCCGGCUAAUAAUAAUAACGUGGCGACCGCCGCAGCUGCCGCUUAUACGCCUCCUACAUUGUUACCUGGCUUUGCGACCCAUUACACUUCGGGAGGUUCAACUGAAUACAGUACCGCGUACAAUUCACCUUACAUUCAGUACUCUGCGACGCCUUAUUCGAAUUACGGUUACUCGGCAGCAUCCGGAGGAGGAGGUCUUCUCAGCAAGUAACGAUUUCGACUUUAAUUACAAUCGCAACGGUAAAAAGAAGCCACAACGACAAUGAAUCGUACGAAAGCACUUUUUAAAACCAGACGUGAAUUAAAGCACGGAAUCAGCGUUCGAAUCUUCAAAAUCCUCGCAGGCUGUUUAUAAUACCUACAUACAAAUAGAAAACCAAAAAAACAAAAAAGCGAAAAAAAAACACAAAAAAACGAAUUUUUUCCUAUUAUAUCAUUUUUAAUUUUUUGUCGCGUAUGUACUUUGACUCUGCCCUUUCUCUCUUUUUCUCUCUAUCUCUCUAUAUUUUUCCUCUUUCUUGUCGUAUAUUGUAAUGUUUUUUUUUUCAUCGUUAGUAUCGAGUUCUCCAUCACUUUUACUUGUCACCAAAUUUUCCUUUCGUAUUGUAAAUUUUCAAUGUGCUCCCCUCCCCUCUAUUACUCUUUUCCCUCUUUUUUUUCAUUUUUAAGAUAUGUAAAAAUCAAAAAAUUAUAUUAUUACUUUAAA